CGCCGCCCAGGGGCCCAGGGGAGAGCGUGCAGAGCAUCCCCCAGAGCGGAGCCGGGGUAGCGGCGCAGGACGGGGCAGAGCGGGAGAGCGCGGCCGGGGACUGUGCUGUGGGCGGCGGUGCAGUCAGGCGGAACCUCCCAUCUGGCAGUGUGGGGGGGGAGGAGGGAGUGACGUCAGCCUGAGAGUGCUGGAGCUGGAUGCAGGAUCAGAGCGAUACCAUUCCCCUGACUCACCCGCAGCGCAGCAGAGAGAGCCCGGAGUAGCAGAGGGAGAGCCUGAGUCACCCGGCGGCAGCAGCAGCAGCAGCACAGUGACCCCCUGCACUCCUGUCACCCAGUGACACCCACAGGAGAGACCCCUCCACUGCUCAGGGGUCCCGGAGAGAGUCCCUGCUGGAAACAUUGUAUCACCCACAGGAGAGACCUCACUGCUCAGGGGUCCCGGACAGAGUCCCUGCUGGAAACAUUGUAUAACCCGCAGGAGAGACCUCACUGCUCAGGGGUCCCGGACAGAGUCCCUGCUGGAAACAGACCCCUCCACUGCUCAGGGGUCCCGGACAGAGUCCCUGCUGGAAACAUUGUAUAACCCACAGGAGAGACCUCACUGCUCAGGGGUCCCAGACAGAGUCCCUGCUGGAAACAGACCCCUCCACUGCUCAGGGGUCCCGGACAGAGUCCCUACUGGUAACAUUGUAUCACCCACAGGAGAGAACCCUCCACUGCUCAGGGGUCCCGGACAGAGUCCCUGCUGGUAACAUUGUGAUACCCACAGAAGAGACCUCACUGCUCGGGGGUUCUGGACAGAGUCCCUGCUGGUAGCAUUGUAUCACCCACAGGAGAGACCUCACUGCUCAGGGGUCCUGGAGAGAGUCCCUGCUGGAAACAUUGUGACACCCACAGGAGAGACCUCACUGCUCAGGGGUCCCGGACAGAGUCCCUGCUGGUAACAUUGUGAUACCCACAGAAGAGACCUCACUGCUCAGGGGUCCUGGAGAGAGUCCCUGCUGGAAACAUUGUGACACCCACAGGAGAGACCUCACUGCUCAGGGGUCCCGGACAGAGUCCUGCCUGUGCUGCUCACUCCUCGGAUCAUGUACCAGGACUUUCCAGGGAGUUUCGACAGCUCCUCCCGUGGUAGCAGCAGCUCUCCGGCUCAGCCAGAGGGAUAUCCCGGCAGCUCCUUACCUACCUCCAUCCACCAGAAAUUCCGGAACGAGAUGCCAGGAUCCAGCAGUGCCUUUAUUCCCACCAUCAAUGCCAUCACCACCAGCCAGGACUUGCAGUGGAUGGUCCAGCCUACCGUCAUUACCUCCAUGUCCAAUCCUUAUGGGCGACCGCAUUCUUACGGACACUCUGUGCCCAACCUCCCUUCAGUUGGUGGCCAUGCCGCCCUACAGCGGCCGGGGGUCAUCAAAACCAUUGGCACUACCGCUGGCAGGAGAAGGAGAGAUGAGCAGCUGUCACCGGAGGAAGAGGAAAAACGGAGAGUCCGGAGAGAAAGGAAUAAACUGGCAGCCGCAAAGUGUCGCAACAGACGACGGGAGUUAACCGACAAGCUCCAGGCAGAAACUGAAAAACUGGAACAAGAAAAAUCAGGGCUGCAAAAGGAAAUCGCGGAAUUACAAAAGGAGAAGGAUAAACUGGAAUUCAUGCUGGUCGCCCACUCGCCCAUGUGUAAGAUACACCCAGACGAGAGGACCGGCCCCUCCCACAACGCUCACGCUGUCCGUGCGAUGAUGGGGAGCAGAGUGGUCGUCAAACAGGAACCGGUCGAGGAAGACAUCGGGAAUUCCGCCAUCGCCAGUGGCGACAAAACUCAGAGGUCUGUGAUUAAACCCAUCAACAUCGGCGGCAACUUCUUCAACGAGGAGCCCCUCAACACACCAGUGGUUAUGACUUCAACACCGCCAAGCACCCCUAACGCCGCCAACCUCGUCUUCACUUACCCAAGUGUGCUGGAUCAGGAUUCGUCCACCUCUCCUUCAGAAUCUUGCUCUAAAGCCCACCGUCGCAGCAGCAGCAGCGGGGACCAGUCUUCUGAUUCGUUGAACUCCCCCACCCUUCUGGCUUUGUAACAGGCGCUACAAAGGAAGAACUCUCUUCUCUAGCCUAUCAGGAAAUUGUCUAGGAGGGUAGGUAGCUGGUGGCAGUAGCUUCCCAACCAUGGACAAAUAUUGUCAUAACUGGAUAGCACACUUUAGAUGCCCCACUGCAGCACUGACAUUGAUGGGUCGUCCGAAAAGUCUGCGCACGGGCACAUUUUCAUUCUUCAUGUUGCAUCGAACUCCCGGAUGGCUUCAGAUGAGGAUGGCGUCUCCAGCCUCCCGAACAACUUAGACAUUUCAUCCUUUUCUUACUGGUUGAUGAUUACUGUCUUAUAUUCUUUUGUUCCGGGCACUUUAAGGGACUUAUCUAUUUGAGGAUUUUACUCUUCACUGGAUGAAGGUACAGAAUUGUUAUGGAUUUUUUUUUUUUUUUUUGUGUGUGGCGUUUUUGUCCUUUUUGCUAUAGUAAUUCCAGGGACUCGCAAUUUUUAAGAACUAAACAGAAAAAACCCACCAUGGAAUACAUUGGUUGGUUGCCGGGAGAUGUCGACAGAGUUCGUACCACGCCAAAGACAGCUCCAGGUCGCGGUGUUCUGGAAAACCGCGUGACGUUGCUUGGAUAAAAGGAUUGCCAGCAAAUUCUAUUUAAAAAAUAAAAUAAAAAUGGUUUUAUAAAAGUGGCAAUAUAAUGCCCUCGUGCCUUUGGAUGAGAAAGUAGUUUUUGGUUUUAAAUCUUAACUAGAAAAAUAAUGAACACCUGACAAUCUGGGAAUCAGAGUGACGUUUGUAUAUUUGCAGUCUGGAAGGCCAAAGUGUAUUACAUCCUGUUGCCCCUGUGGAGCGUUCCACCCACCCCGUCUUUUCCUAGGGGCUGUAUUCUAUAUAUAUGUAUUCUGCGACCGUUCUGCAGUUUAAAUGGGGCUGGGAUUUGUGGCCUCUUAUACAUGUUAGCCGUGGUUCUGCAUCCACAGCCAAGCCCUAUCUCUUCUAUGUGGUGUAGUCAUUGAUAAAGGGACCUUGUGGAAAUACAUUUAAUAUUUCUGCUGAAAUAAUAGCCUUCCUAGGUACAUGUCGCCCCACCCCGGAGAUAUUCAGAACAGGUAGUAGCGUAAUCACUGCUGCAUUCAUUCCUUGGGGCUGAUCCAUUAGUGAAAUGCUCGCGGGGAUGCUGAAUGCAGAAUAUAAGCAGUCUUCAUAAUACAGUAUGUGUGUUUUUUAUAUACACAAGGGUCCAUGGGGAUAUCUUAACAUAAACCAGUAUUUGAUGGGGGAGACGGGGGGUUCUGCAUUGUUGCGGUAAACGGCACACACAUUGGUUUGCCUUUAAUUAUGGAACCCAAGAUAAGCCUGACCCAGGCUGAGCACUAUUGUAUGAGGGCGUUCUUUAUUAAUGUUGACUUUUACUUGUCAUAAAAUAAGGGCAAUUAUUGCCCAGCGGGUAAGAGAUCUCUUUAUAAUGCGUCCCCUUCCCCCCCGUACACCCAGGCUUCCCGUUUCUGAUCGGUUGAGCCCCAGGUGGCAAAAAUUGACACAGGGCCUAGUCAGGUUAUGAGUCACUCAUACCUGUGGUUAUAUAAAGAUCUUUCUGUCUAACGCAUGUUACGGUCAUUAUAAGCCUUCGCUCUGUCUGGCAAACACAAUUGCUGUCUGGCUUUUGAAGCAGUCAAUAAAAUAAAAAAAUGAGGGGUUAAAAUGCCAGUAUCCGAAAUGUCAUCAAACACCCAACAGUCUGGUCCGGAUUAUGAUUUUGGAGGAGGCUUCAAGGUUAAAUAAUAUUUGUAAGCAAUUAUAUAACUUCUCUAAAGUCCUCUCGGACCCGGUUUUCAGAAUUGCUGAUUGACCAUCCUCCAUUUAUACAUCUCUGCCGCUCGCAACCUGCCUCAUCUAAUACAUUGUAUACUGUGCGCAUAACAUUUGAUUCCACAACCAGCUUUUAAUUCUUCUUAUUGCUUUGUUAUGGAUUAAAUGAUGGUUGUCGUGAAGAGCGAAGUCGUAUUUUGCCGAAAGCAACAACGGUGCAUCAAUAUAUGCUAUUCGUAAUUUGCUGCAGUGCAACAUUUCCUGGUUGGGGGGUGGGGGGCAAGGCCCACCAGACUUUAUACAUUGGCUCUGGUAUUGUUGACGUUUGUGGGUCAAGCACUGUCAAGGUGGCCACGAAAGGUGAAUGUCACGAAAGAUAUUGAUCAACGCUGCGCCCCAAUGUUUCCUGAAUUCAGUUUUGCACUAUAAUAUAUUACCAGUGACCCUGCGUCCCUUUACGAUCUUAUCAUUAAAACUCCAAUAAAAAAGAAAAAGGAUAUUUUGUAUCCUAAUUUCCCAAUAAGACCAUUUACAGGUAUUGAGAUCCCAUCUGACCUUAUCCGGCUCUGCCGGCUGUGCUCACAUGGCUGUAGUGGUCACUUACCCAAGUCCCUCGGAGGUUUCGCUGGUCCCCCGUGAAUUUAUACACUGCAUUCUCUCAUAGCGUGGAUCUUUGUGAAUAACGCUUCAGCUGCCUCCAGUGACGAGGGCGCACUUUAAAUAAUAGUCUAUGGUGUUAAAUCUUAAAUAUUACAAACCAAUUCCUUCUACCUUUAUUUUCUUGAUGGGUAAAGCGCCUUCCUCGUCUGGUGUGUGAUACGCUUAUGAUUGGCUAAAUGUCUGUGUACAGUCCGGUCCAGUAAUUUGAUAUAGGUUAGCCCUUUAAUUGCGCUAUUUAACACAACGAAAAGCAAUAGAGGCCCAGUAUAACAUCGACGUAACCUUUUGUAAGGUUCUAGGCCCAAUGCGGUCAUUCAUGUAACUGAAAAAAUAUGAACUGCUGUAUAAUUAUACAUGGGAGCAUUCAAGGCUAUAAGCACUACAAGCUAGCAGAACUAGCUGCCCAUUGUACAUGACUAAUCCAUAGGCCUGCCUAUAGGUGCUCUGUCACCGUAGAUAGAAAAAAAAAUAAUAAUAACUUUAAACAGUGUAUAAAAAGACUUUUCUUAUAUAGCAUUCAUACUGGCCAAAUGAUCAGAAUACUGUACACAUUACUUGCUUGGCUUUACCAAGCAAAGAAGUGCGAGCGGAGCAAUUAGUCCUCCUUGGCUUAAAGUGAACUGGAGUACUUAGGCAUUCCUAAGUGCAUUCCUAUAGACUUGCAGUGCAGUCUUGUUCACCAAAUUCAGAGUUGUACAUAAAGUACAGUGUCCCAGUAGCUGCAUGUUAUAUUUUUUUUGCCAGAGCCCUUUAAAAGGAAAUGUCUUAUACAGUACCCUUAUUACUGAAGCCACAGUUAUCCCAAUCUGAUUUAAACUGGGUAAACACCUAUACAAUCUUCGCCCUGUGCUCCUGAUAUUGUAUGAACGGCCGACCAUUGUAUAGGUGUGUAUGCAGAAGCGUUACCCGAUAAACCACUUAUAAUACUCCUGCAACGGUCAGGAUCGGGAGGCCGCAUCUUUUGUAAUGCACAGCCGACCUCCCGAUCCCCAUAGAGGAGCCACUUACCUCCCUGCUGCUGUCUUACAGCAGGUCACGGGUUGAUACAUACUGUCCAUCGUAUCGGGAGCAUUUCGCCUGAUCAGCCGGGUAUCGAAUAGGUGUGUGCCAUCUUCACUCAAGCUGCGCUAUAAUGAUUAUCUCUGGACCUGUUUGCUAAUGUGUUAUUCAGUUGUGUUAAUUAGAUUAUCUUGCCCAAGAUAUACUCGGCUGGUAUACCGUGGCUUGAUCUGUCGUAUGAUUGUGCCUUAUGGAACUGGACAGUAUUCCAAAAUCUUUGUUUUAUUACACUUUUUUUUUAACGGAACCUCUUACUGUGUAUCACAGAACCAGCAUCUAUUUCAUCCCACAACUCUAUAGUGGUCUGUGAUGUAUAUUCUCACCUCAAAUACCCAGAUAGCCUUUAAACACUCCUCUCUUUUAUUCUUUCUCCAUGUCAUUAAUUAUUCUGUACAGAUAUACCCUACAUAAUUCCAUAUACAAAGAACAAUUCCGGAAUUGCUAGGUCCACAAUAAAAGGAGAGUAAAUUAGCAAACCCUGCGAAACGCGUCAGUUUCAUUUUCUUCAUCCUCGUUACCCACCUCUCCAUUUUAUUGUUCGAGAUCUUUUGGGAACCUUUUCAUUGUUCUAUGUCUUAUUUAUUUUAAUGUUUACAUGUUCUGGAUUUUUUAUGUAUCGGGAGCUAGAUGGGACUAAGGUAUUUUCUUUGUUUGUCAUUAAGCAUUACAAAAUGCGUUGUUUCCUGAGGCAUUUGGUGCGCCAGGAGUCUCCUGCACUAGCCGACUAUAAAUACGUGUAAAAAUAAAUAAAUGGUUAACUCCGCUUUGACUUGUCCACAUUUGAGUAGGGGAAGUUUCAUACUAAAAGUUACGAAAGUAUGAAAAAAAGUCUUCAUGUUGUAAUACUGAUGCUUGUGCUUAUCACUACAGUAAUAUGUUGGCCUAUGUCAGUACUGUAUAUCAUACCUAUAAUCCAGAACCUCACCUGCCUACAAAUGAACCUAUAAAGAAAUAAAGGGGCUCAUUUAUCAGCUAGUGAUGAAACGCGUUGUAAAUGAUAAAUGAUGCUCAAGCCAAUCCGCUCCCAACUGUCGUCUUCAGUCCCAACUGUCAUUUGUUUUAAAAAAAAAUGACAGGAUCUGAUUGGCUGGAGUGCCAUUUAUCAUACGCAACAAGUUUUAUCAUGCACAAUAAGUUUUAUCACACGUUGAUAAAUAGGACCCGAAGAUUGAUAUCAACAACGACACAUCUUAUUUUUGGCCAUUUUACCCCAUAUCUUUUACAUUCCUAUCUACAGGAUUUUUGAAACCUAUUAUUUCGGAUAACUUAGGCAGCACAUACUUCUCCAGCCGUUGGGGAACUACAAGUACCAGAAUGCUAACUAAUCUUGCUGGGACACCCAUGGUUUGCCCAUCUCUGAGUUAGGAUUACAAUAGCCAUCUGCUCUUCACACCUCAGCUUUGCAAAAGACGUAAAAAUAUGUGCGUACAGUUGUUUUAUAUUUUGUCGCCUGUGUGUUUAGCGACGUAGGAUACAAAGCCUUUCACAUUCCUGCACGGGAUGUUGUUCCAGAACUAGAUUACGUACUGCAGGUCGGUGUGUGUGUGUGUGUGCACAGCAUAUAACAGACAGAGCUCCAGGGUAUCCUGUCUAAGUGCCAGCUUUCUUGUGUGUAUGUGUGUAUAUAAUAUAUUUUUAUACCUAGAAAUGAAAUAACACCUGUCGUACACCUUCUAAGAUUUACUUUGUGUACUUUACGGAGUAAAACUUUUGUAACCCUCUUUUGUUGAAGGGGACGGGGCUGAAGCACAUGUUAGUAUGAGCAGGAUCUGAAAUCUGUAGUAUUUUUAAAUCGAUGGAUUGUGUGGGUUAAUUCACUGCUUGCAAUUUAGCGGAUAUUUUUUUUUUUUUUCUUAUUUAUCGGAUGUUAAGAAAUAAAUAAAAUGUUGUAUUUUGAAAAAGUAAAAAACAAAAUGUUGUUAUCUUUACAGUGUGUCUAUUAAAAACCAAACUGAGUAUUUGGCACUUUUUUAA